AUGAAAAUCAUUGUCCAGGCUUGCGUUAUAUUUGCCAUCGUUGCCAUUGCUUACUCAGCGAGCACAUCAUGGGGCGUACAAAACGCUACUGAUUCGCUUGUACUCAGUAAAAAUGUAGUUUACCCAGCUAUUCGCAAUACUGCACAGACACAUUACUUCAGUAUUCCUCAAUCGUACCAAAGUAAUAACAAAUUAAUCAGCGCUAUUUACUUGCAAGAUCAAUUCAUAAAUGGCUCGGGUCCAACAAACUCCUUGAUUUGGGGUGGUCCUGGUUGGACGUAUGCUACAAUUCAAAUGAGAACUCAAUCUAAUAGUGGUCUUAAUGUAACUGUUGUUGUUUAUGGUAAAUAG